UUUAAAAUAAAAUAAUCUAGUGUUAACAUGAUUGUGACAAAUUAAGUUUGAUUGUUUAGAUUGUUUUGUUAAAAUUAAAUUAAAUUUACAUUCAAAAUGACUGCCGGAUCGGAGGAACAUGAACCACUGAUUUCUUCUUCUGUGGAUAAUCAACGGGUUACUUAUAAUAAUUCGCCCCAGGAUGGCAACACACCGAGUGGUUCACCAAGAACAAGCGGGGGUGAGGUUACACUGGCAAUACCUCCGAGUCGCAACUACGGCGCUAUUGGCGGUACAGAAAAGGUCACAUACACCUGGGCAGAUGUCAACGCUUUCGCCACCGAGUCCAGAUCUAGAAACAGAAAAUUCUGGAACUUCUGGAAGCCGUCUUCCGACAGAAUGUUUCAGCAACGAAAACAAUUAUUAAGAAGUGUGAAUGGCGCGGCGUACCCUGGUGAAUUGCUGGCCAUCAUGGGGUCAUCCGGCGCUGGCAAGACUACCCUCCUGAACACGCUAACAUUCCGGACUCCCAGCGGGGUUGUGUCCAGCGGCACUCGGGCUCUCAACGGCCAACCCGCUACACCCGAAGCAUUGACCGCGCUGUCAGCGUACGUGCAACAGCAGGAUCUGUUUAUUGGAACACUGACAGUACGAGAACAUCUCAUCUUCCAGGCUUUGGUGCGUAUGGACCGACACAUACCGUACGCGCAGAGGAUGCGAAGAGUCCAAGAGGUUAUUCAAGAGUUGGCAUUGUCGAAGUGCCAGAAUACGGUGAUCGGAAUCCCUGGCCGGCUGAAAGGCAUAUCAGGCGGAGAGAUGAAGCGGCUCUCGUUCGCCAGCGAGGUGCUCACAGACCCGCCGCUCAUGUUCUGCGACGAACCAACAUCAGGAUUGGAUUCCUUUAUGGCUCAAAAUGUUAUACAGGUAUUAAGCGGUCUAGCAAAGAAAGGGAAGACGGUGGUAUGUACGAUACAUCAGCCAUCUUCUGAGCUGUAUGCAAUGUUUGACAAGCUGCUGAUCAUGGCUGACGGCAGAGUCGCCUUCCUGGGCUCACCUGAUCAAGCAACGGAGUUCUUUAAAGAUUUAGGAGCUGCCUGUCCCGCAAACUAUAACCCCGCAGACCACUACAUCCAACUCCUCGCUGGAAUACCAGGACGAGAGGAGACGACGAAACACACCAUCGACACUGUCUGCACAUCUUUCGCCAAGUCUGAGAUCGGCUGCAAAAUUGCAUAUGAAGCCGAAAAUGCCAUGUUCCACGAGCGUAAGAUAUCCGGCGGUUGGGCUGACGCGCCGUGGUCUAGCGUGGCGGCGCUGCGGGCGCGCAGGUCGCCGUACAAGGCGAGCUGGUGUGCGCAGUUCCGCGCCGUGCUCUGGCGCUCCUGGCUCUCCGUCACCAAGGAACCGAUGCUCAUCAAAGUCCGCUUCCUACAGACUGUCAUGGUAUCAAUUCUCAUCGGGGUGAUAUACUUCGGACAGCAUUUGGACCAGGAUGGUGUGAUGAACAUUAACGGGGCUAUCUUCAUGUUCCUCACCAACAUGACCUUCCAGAACAUCUUCGCAGUCAUUAAUGUGUUCUGUUCGGAGCUACCUAUAUUCAUCCGCGAGCACCACUCGGGCAUGUACCGAGCAGACGUGUACUUCCUCUCCAAGACACUGGCGGAGGCGCCGGUGUUCGCCACCAUACCACUCGUCUUCACCACCAUCGCUUACUAUAUGAUAGGCCUCAACCCAGCACCAGAGAGGUUCUUCAUCGCUUCAGGAUUGGCCGCUUUGAUCACCAAUGUCGCCACAUCAUUCGGUUACCUGAUCUCGUGCGCGAGCAGCAGCGUGAGUAUGGCGGCGUCGGUUGGGCCGCCCAUCAUCAUACCCUUCAUGCUCUUCGGUGGCUUCUUCCUCAAUUCAGGUUCGGUACCGCCGUACCUGGGCUGGAUCUCGUACCUGUCGUGGUUCCGGUACGGCAACGAGGCGUUGCUCAUCAACCAGUGGUCCGGCAUCGAGUCCAUCGACUGCACGCGCGAGAACUACACCUGCCCCGCAUCCGGACAAGUCGUGCUGCAGACGCUCAGCUUCUCUGAGAAGGACUUCACUAUGGACGUGGUUAACAUGGUGCUGUUGUUCAUCGGGUUUAGACUUCUCGCCUACAUCGCUUUACUGUACCGCACGCGACGCGGAAAAUAACCCCUAAAUAUAUAUCAAUAACCAUCGGUUUCCACUGAUGAAAUAAAUUGCCAUCCCGUUCAUUCUACUCGACAGCAACUGGGUUAUUUUGUUGGGGUUUG